AGCCUUUCACAGUUUGCUAUCCGACUUGGAUUCUGUGUUUGCUUCCUUUGCACUGAGUAUCGUCCAUGCUCAACGCCAUGAGUGUUUCUGUCUGCGCAAAUGACGACGCCUUUGGGCCAGUCGUCAAGGGCUGUAGAGGCAACUUUGAUUUUACCAUCACCUUUGAAAAAACCAUGCUGUCCAUCUUGCCCAGCGCCUGCUUUGCGAUACUCGCUGCGAUUCGUCUAGUCAAUCUGUCGCGACAACCACACAUGACAGCCAACAUCUUACUCCGCAACGUUAAAGUCAUCCUGUUUUCUGGCUUUUCCGCCACUCAGAUCGCAGUCCUAGUAGUUCUAGCCAAGCAUCCCGAAACUGCUGCCUAUUCCCUCUCGCUAGGAGCAGCCAUCAUCACCUUGCUAGCUUCAAUACUUGGCAUCGGACUGUCCUAUCUCGAACAUUCUCGAUCCCUGAAACCCUCUAUUCUUUUAGAGUCCUAUCUAUUUUCCACACUGCUCUUUGACAUCGUACAAGCCCGUACAAUCUGGCUCUCGCACCACAGAACUCUUUCCAUUGUCUUCACGCUCGCCGUCGCCAUUAAAACCGUCAACUUUUUCUUGGAGGCCAUCCCAAAGUCAAAAUUGAAGGGCAACCAGGAACCCAAACACAGUCCAGAAGUCACGAGUGGAAUUUUCGGCAUUGGUGUCUUCUCAUGGCUCAACUCGCUGCUUUUCCGUGGGUAUCGCGGGACAAUCUCAACUGACGACUUGUAUCCCCUCGAUGCCAGCAUGAAAGCAAGACAACUUCACAACAAGCUCACGUCUAUCGGCCAGCUUGAAGCUGCAACUGAUCAACAAAGCUUGGAAUUGAUCCCCCUAAAGAGCAUAUGCUGGGCAAUGCUUGGCCCCUUUCUGUACCCGAUUCUACCCCGCCUGCUUCUACUCGCUUUGAAGCUCUGCCAGCCAUUCUUUAUUGACAGCAUGCUGGAAUUUUUGGGGACGCCAGAGGAUUUGCGCAAUAAAAAUCACGGAUACGGCCUCAUUAUAGCUUCUCUGCUCAUCUACGCCGGCAUUGCAAUCUCCUCCGGAGUGUACCAGUACUACAACCAAAGAUUUGUCUACAUGCUUCGCUCCACUCUCCACACUGCUAUUUUUCGAAAGACCACCGAAAUUAGCCUGGGCGCUGGCAAAGCGGAUACAGCCAUCACCCUCAUGAGCACUGACCUUGAUCGUGUCGUAGCUGGCUUUCGAGUAAUCCAUGAAAUGUGGGCAAUAACUUCGCAGGUAGCCAUUGGUUGCUUUCUUCUGCAGCGCCAAGUUGGAGUUGCAUUUGUCUCACCUAUUGUUGUUAUCGCCGUCUGCUGUGUAUUGACGACGGCACUGGGCAAGCCUAUUGAUAAGCGCCUAGGGUCUUGGAUGACAGAGAUUGAGAAGCGUGUCAGCGCAACUGCUACAGCAGUCGCCAAGAUGAAGUCGUACAAGAUUUCAGGCCUUGCAGAAGUUAUGGGCUCCAUUAUUCAGAGCCUUCGAGAAAGGGAGAUUCGUACUGGCCUACGCUUUCGUUGGCUUGUUAUCUGUACCAUUGCACUUGGCGCCGUGCCUUCAGCCUUCUCGCCACUCAUAACUUUUGCUUUUACCGCUGAUUCCCGAUUGAGCGUGUCGGGUAUCUUCACAUCCUACUCGUACAUCAUUCUGAUCACGCUACCAUUCACAAUCAUUUUUAACAAUAUUCCAAUGGUAAUUGCGGCUUUCACCUGUAUUGGGCGCAUCCGAAGCUUUCUCAUUUCGGAUCCAAGGGUUGAUUUUCGUUCUUGGGUAUCUGAACCGGGCAUAGAAGAGAGUGCGGAUCGCUCACACGAGGAAAAGCAAAGCAGCUUGGCCUUCAAGAUUGAAGAUGGAACUUUUGGAUGGGCAGUCGAUAAAUCAGUUUUGACCAAUAUGAGCUGCGAAGUUCCGCUGAAGGCAUUGACUAUUGUCAUUGGUCCCAUUGCUUCAGGCAAGUCGACGUUAUGCAAGGUUCUGCUGGGCGAGACUCCUGUUCAUUCUGGCAAGGUCUCUGUUUUUCUGCCCCGCAGAAGCAGGAUCGGCUACUGUCAACAAGAACCCUUUCUCUAUAACGAAACCCUCAAACACAACAUUAUUGGUCGCUCCAACUUCAGUCAAAAGAAAUUUGACGAAAUUAUUGCGGCUACGCUCCUUGACGUUGAUAUCCUCACCCUCGAACGUGGUAGUGACACCAUGAUGGGAAGCAGUGGCUCCACUUUGAGUGGAGGUCAGAAGCAGCGUGUAGCCAUAGCCAGAGCGCUAUACUCCGAGGCUGAGACUCUCAUCUUUGAUGAUGUAUUGAGCGGACUCGAUACAAGCACGGCUUCGAUAAUAUUCCAACGCGUCUUUGGAUCCGACGGUUUCGUUAGAAGAAAUGGCAUUACUGCAGUGCUCUGCACCCACUCUGUGGGUCAUCUGCCAGCGGCAGAUCAUGUUAUUGUCCUUGGAGACAACGGGACAAAGGUUGAACAAGGCCCUUUCGAGCGGCUUAUAGAAAGCAACGAGUACGUUCAAAAGCUUGGCAUCAAGAUGACUGUCACCACAGUCCAGGAAACGUCGGCCUCAGAGAAGAGCGCUUCAAAAUCAAGUAGUCUAGAGCCAAGCCUUCCAGAAGAUUCUGUUACCGUGUCACCAAGCUCAGAUACAGGAUCACCAGACAACUCAGCUCGCGGGUCUGGAGACUGGGCUGUGUACAAACAUUGGUUCAAAAGCGUGCGUCCGUUCUCAGCAAUGUCCUUGGCUAUCUGGGCCAUCAUUCACGGAUUCAGUUCCAAUUUUGGUGUCAUCUGGUUGAACUACUGGUCUCAAGAUUCCUUUGGUCAUGAGCGAGGUUUCUACAUUGGAAUCUACGCAUUGCUCCAGUCCAUGUUCCUUGUCUCAUGGAUCCUUAGCGCAAUUGAGAUCUUCAUCUCCAUGACUACCUACGCUGGAGCUGCCUUGCACAAGGCAGCCUUGAAUACCGUUGUCACAGCUCCGUUGAGGUAUCUCACGACUACUGACGUUGGUGUCAUUACCAAUCAUUUCUCCCAAGAUCUAACUUUGAUCGAUGGCGACCUGCUAUUUGCUUUCUUCUCUGUUGCCCUUACCGCGACUGAAGCUUUUGGAAUGGUGAUUGUCAUUGCAACUGCCGCCCCAUAUCUUGCCAUCGUAUUCCCAUUUUUGUUUGCGACACUGUACAUCGUGCAGCGUUUCUAUCUCAAAACAUCGAGGCAAAUGCGGCUUCUCGACCUAGAAGCUAAAAGCCCUCUCUACACCCAUUUCCUCGACACCACAAAAGGACUUGCCACCGUCCGUGCAUUUAGGUGGACCACUUACGACAUUGAUCAUAACGAUAACCUGCUUGACAAAUCUCAACAACCAGCUUACUUGCUGGCCAUGAUUCAACAGUGGCUCCGUGUGGCCAUGCAACUUAUAGUUGCUGGCUUGGCUCUUCUGCUUGUCUCGUUGGCCACACAGCUUGGCUCCAAUGUGGGCCUGGCAGGAACGAGCUUGGUCAGUCUGCUGUCUUUUGGCUCUUCUCUCUCCGAGCUUGUGCAAAAUUACACAGACCUGGAAACCUGUAUAGGGGCUGUAAGUCGUUUGAGGACGUUCUCGGCCACGGUAACGCCCGAAGACAGGGUAACCGAUGACCUCGAGCCUCCUCCAUCUUGGCCAACUAGUGGAGCCGUCGAGUUGAAGCACGUAUCUGCCUCGUACGUUUCAAGGGUUGCGAGCUCCGUCUCACCGCCCGUGUCAUCUCAGCCCCCUGUGGACUUGGUCUUGCAUGAUUUGAGCCUGAGCAUUCCAGCAAGACAAAAGAUCGCCGUAUGUGGCCGUACUGGAAGUGGUAAAUCUACUCUAAUGCUACUUCUCCUGCGUCUCCUCGACCCACUCAAUAAUCCGUCGGGGAUAUUAACGAUAGACCAUGUUCCGCUCUCCCAGAUCAAACGUGGUAUGCUUCGACAGAGAAUUAUAGCCUUAUCCCAGGAAGCCAUAUUCUUACCUGAUGGAAAUACCAUCAAAAUGAACAUUGAUCCGCGUUCCGAAGCCACAGAGGCCGCAUGUCUGUCCGUCCUUGAGGUAGUUGGCCUUGCCAAGUUUGUAAAUAGCCGAGCAGGGCUAGACGCUUGUAUGAAGGCCGAUGACCUUAGCAUGGGUGAGAGGCAAUUGUUCUGUCUCGGACGCGCCAUCUUACGGAAAAGGAUCAAGGGUUCAAAUGCUAGACAAGGAAAAGAUGGAGGCGUGCUCUUGUUGGAUGAGGUGAGCAGUAGCAUCGACCACGACACGGAUCGACGCCUACAAGAGAUUAUCAAGGCUGAGUUCGAGAACUACACCGUAAUUGCAGUGUCACAUCGCCUGCAAACGGUUGUGGACUACUCUGAUCGUGUGAUUGUCCUAGAUGGGGGUAGGCUAGUUGAGUCGGGUACUCCACAAGCGUUGAUUGAGACUCCAGGAUCGUAUUUCGGGGAGCUAUGGAAGAAUGACAGUGUCAAAUCUUCCGCAGAUACCAUUGAGACAAACUCAGCCACAGGAACGAUAGAGUAAAGGUGCACGCCCACACAGUCGGCUAGCUUAGCUAUUACAAUAACCGCAAAGCGUAGAUCAAUUUGUAGAGCAAUCCCCUUGAUCCCACCUGUUCAAUCAGCUCGCAUUCCAAAAG